AUGGCAGCUAAGAUAUUUGCCAUUGUCACUCUCAUUGCUCUUUCGAUUAGUGCUGCUACCGCGAUCACUAUUCCGCAGUUCUAUUCUCCAUUUGGUGUUGCAACCACUAUUCCGCAGUUUUUCCCAUCAGUGACAGCCAUCUCGCAACUGCCAUACCUAUUCAACCAAUUGGCUGUAAGGAGCCCUGCUACAUUCUGGCAACAACCCAUUGUUGGUGGUACCUGCUUUUAG